AGAGGCGGAAGUGGCUCAUAAUACUGAGGCGGUAGCGACCGGCGCGGAGAAGUGGGGCUCGCUGUUUUUCCGCCUUCUUUUGCUCUCCCUUUCCACCGUCCCAGCCAAGGCCCCGCAGGCCCGGGAGCCCUCGCAGGGCGGGCCCUAUGAGUGUGUCGCUGGUGGUCCUUCGCUUGGAGCUGGCCGAGUCUUCGCCCGUGCCGGGCGGCUUCUCUUACAGCGCGGCCGCCACUGAAAUGUCUGAUGAGGAAAUCCAGGAGAAGUCACGAGCUGCUGCUGCAGCCUCCUUAGAAGGAAAGGCCCCUGUGGAGAGAGCGGCCAUCCUUCACCAGCAUAUUGGACGCAGGGAGAUGACCGAUAUGAUCAUUGAGACCAUGAAGCCUGACGCAGAUGCUGCCGGAGCCAUGAUGGAAGAAGGCAAAGCCGCUGAGGCGUCUUCCUCUGAGGACCGAAGUAACCAUGAAGGCCAAAGUGGUGGGGUUGUUGGGACAGCCCCAGAUUCCCCGUCAAAGCAGCUUCCAGACCAGAUUUCCUUUUUCAGUGGAAAUCCAUCUGUUGAAAUUGUGCAUGGCAUCAUGCACCUCUACAAGACAAACAAGAUGACCGCCUUAAAAGAAGACGUGCGGCGCAGCGCCAUGCUGUGCAUUCUCACGGUCCCUGCCACAAUGACGAGCCACGACCUCAUGAAGUUUGUGGCUUCCUUCUAUGAAGUCAUCGAACACAUGAAGAUCAUCCGAGACUCCACCCCGAAUCAGUACAUGGCCUUAAUCAAGUUCAGCACGCAGGCAGAUGCAGACAGCUUCUACAUGGCUUGUAACGGCCGGCAAUUCAACUCCAUCGAAGAGGAUGUUUGCCAGUUGGUCUACGUGGAGAGGGCCGAGGUCUUCAAGUCAGAAGACGGGGCCAGCCUUCCGGUCAUGGACCUGACCGAGCUUCCGAAGUGCACCGUCUGCCUGGAGAGGAUGGACGAGUCGGUCAACGGGAUCCUCACCACGCUGUGCAACCACAGCUUCCACAGCCAGUGCCUGCAGCGCUGGGAGGACACCACGUGUCCCGUGUGCAGGUACUGUCAGACGCCAGAGCCUGUGGAGGAGAACAAGUGCUUCGAGUGUGGCGUCCAAGAAAACCUGUGGAUUUGCCUCAUAUGCGGGCACAUCGGCUGCGGUCGCUACGUCAGCCGGCACGCGUACAAGCACUUCGAGGAGACGCAGCACACCUACGCCAUGCAGCUGACCAAUCACAGAGUCUGGGACUAUGCUGGAGACAACUACGUCCACCGCCUGGUGGCCAGCAAAACCGACGGGAAGCUCGUUCAGUACGAGUGCGAGGGGGAGAUGUGCCAGGAGGAGAAGAUCGACGCGCUGCAGCUGGAGUACUCUUACUUGCUCACGAGCCAGUUGGAGUCGCAGCGCAUUUACUGGGAGAACAAGAUUGUCCGGAUAGAGAAGGAUACAGCUGAAGAGGUUAACAACAUGAAGGCUAAAUUUAAAGAGACCAUUGAAAAAUGUGACUCACUGGAGCACCGGCUGAACGACUUGCUGAAGGAGAAGCAAUCUGUUGAAAGGAAGUGCACUCAGCUGAGCACCAAGGUAUCCAGGCUCACCAGUGAACUGAAGGAGGAGCAGGAAAUGAACAAGUGCUUGCGGGCCAACCAGAUCUUGCUUCAGAACAAGCUGAAGGAUGAGGAGAAACUGGUAAAAGAAACCUGUGAGCAGAAGGACCUUCAGAUAACGGAGAUCCAGGAGCAGCUCCGGGAUGUCAUGUUCUACCUGGAGACGCAGCAGAAGAUCAACCACCUCCCCGCCGAGACGAGGCAGGAAAUCCAGGAUGGACAGAUCAAUAUCGCCAUGGCAUCAGCCAGCUCUUCAGCGGGGGGGCCCGGGAAGCCUUCCUCCCGGAAGGGCAGAGGCAAACGAGGCAAGUGAGAGACGUGGCGCAGGCGGUUGACCUUACCGGAACGCGUCACGGGGCAUGACCACGGGCGGGAGGAGAGUCGCCUGCCAGGCAAACACAGGCACAAGAGCUUACCAAGGGAUCACAUUCAGUUUCCAGGUCCUCUCCUGUCCCAGAGGACCGGGCAACAGCCCUCAGCAGCCCUUAAGACUCUCCCCCGCCCUCCCGGCUGGCUGGCUGGCUGGCUGGCUGGCUGGCUGGCUGGCUGGCUGGCUCUCUUCGGAAGAAUGUAGUGACUUGGUUGGCUGUGUGACCGUAUUCAACCUCCCCUCCUCCACUGCAUACCUGAGAACACUGUGUUUGGUUCUAGACAUUUGCUCUGAAUUUUAUGUUAAAAAGCGCAAAACCCGAAACCAUGGCAGAGCCUUAGGUUUAUUUUAGGGAGAGUGGGAAGGGAGGCUGCGGCUCUGUGUGCGUAAGCCCGGAGUGAGACGUAGGCCCGGCUUUUUCUUGAUCUUGGGGUGCCUGGUGCAGAGUGGAUGCAGGCUGCUCUGGCGUGGUGCCAUUCGGACCACAGUGGGGUUGCCGGCUUGGGCGCAGAAGUGAAGUGCAGCUGAGAAGCUUCUUUUGCUGGGAGGGUUGGGUGCGUGAGCGUUUACGUAGCUGCUUGCUGGUACAGGCGCUGCCUCUUGACUCCUCUGCAAGGCCUGUGUCUGAAGCCGACCCUGAUCUUUGUGCUGGGCUGGAGGUGGCGGAACAGUGGUGUCUGGCGAGUUGCGCUGCCGCUCUUCUGCACGGCUUCCAGAGGCCCUGCCUGUUCCAGCCCCUGCCUUGCUACCUGGCUAUGCAUUACGUGGGAUUGCAUUUAAACAGGCCCGGGCGGCCCCUUCCCCCCCUUCCCGCUUUGGGAGGAAUGAUCUGGAGCAGUGAAGUGCCUGUGGAUGUAUGCACUUCCAUGCUGCCGUUUCGGCACUUCAUAGCCCUUACCGUAAUCCAAGCUGUGUUUUCAGUGCGAGGUUCCAGGCACACCAGUUCCAUUGCAAAUACACUCUGGAAUAUCAGCGUGAGAGUUGGGAGCACGGAAAGAUGAUCCCGCCCGUUCGCCAGCUCCAACUCGCCCUUUCUCAAAAGGAGCACGACUCGAAAAUGAGUGCAAGAAGGCCUUGCGUUCGUGGGUCAGUUUGGUUUCACUCUUCGGGAAGCUUGUGAGAUUUCAGUGAAAAGCGAGCAUAAGAGAUCUGCACGCUUGAAGCCUGCUGAAAAGGCUUCUGAAAAGGGAGAUGCCAAGCGGGGGCUGCCAGCGAGGGGCUGGAGGACGCCCUGCCCCUUCCAGUGCCUUUAUUUUGAGCACAUGUCCUCUCGUUGGUUUGCUGCUUCGGUGUGAUGUGCAAAGAGGCCUGGCCCGCGGGAUGCACCCUUCCAUUCGUGCCUCCCUGCAGUGUGUUCUGAUCUUUGCUGAUAGAGUAAAUUCCCUUGUGUGAAGGCUUUGGCCGGAUUGCUCAGCGCAGCAGGUGCUGUUCUCUCGCAAGUGCGUGGAACCACCUGUAGCCGUGAUGCCUGGCAAAGGGCCCCGCUGCAUGCCAGGGAGCACUGCUCAUGGGGGCCGGAGGCAAGAUCUGGGCAUGUCUGGGGCUCUGUCUGCUGUUUUUGUCAAGAAGGCUUGGUUGCAUGAGGUAAACAUAAGCUAGUUUGGAGUCCUACAGUUUCCACUGGCUGCAGCUGGCCAGCUCAUUCUUGUUUUUAAAUUUAGCAUUCUUAACGGGGGCCUCUCAAGCUCUCCGCAUAUCAGGUUGCAGUUUGGGGCUUCUAUGAAGCUGACCUGAUGAAGCCUGUGUACCUUGAAUCCAACAGAUACGCAUUAGGUCAUCAAGUGGGGUAGAGAUUUGGCUUACUGUGAGCAACCCGUGCGCAGGUGCACGCAGCCCUUUACUCCCUCCUCUUCCUGCUGGCCAAACAAACCAGCAAUGGCUUGCGUAGUGUGUGUCUGAACCCCAGGAUCCUGGCAUAUUGCUCCUUUUACAAGCCAGGAUCACAAACUAGGGUUAGUCCUUGGCUUAUAAAUCCUGGUUUGUUUGGGAGCAACAAGCCAGAAUAGCAGAUUCAAAUGACACUAGGCAAACCAUUCCAAUUGAACGUGGCCCUUGAUCUCCUCACUACUGCUGCUACUUGGUCAACCUUCCUAGCAGAAAUGGAACUUUUAAAAAAGGUGCAUGUGAAUUUCGGAGAGAGGCUCUGAUAAAGUAGACGGCCAGUGUAUUGUCUCUCGUAGGAACUGCUGCUGUAUCAAGAUCAAGGCCAGCCCAGGCUCUCCUCAGUAGCAUUUAGGGGCUUGUUCUCCUUGAUACACAUGUAAUAGAUCUGGAUUGUUUCUAAGGGAAGCCUUGAAUUUUCCUUGGAAUAUUGACAUGUCAUUCUCUUUUAAAAUGGAGCAGAGUUGCUUCUGGUUGCAACUGAAAGAUGCCACCUGUGUGCCAAGUACGAACAUGGAUAAAUCUGCCAAGCUUUUGCUUAACUCAGAGCAGCCUCUUAUUUAUUCAAAGGCUAAGCUGGAAUUUGGCUGACACAAGCAACACUCAUAAAUGUAUAGUUCUUAAAAAGACGGACUCUGCUGUAACAUCUGCAACAAGAAUAUAUUAAACUGGAUUAAACAUG